AUGCAUUUACCACGGAGAAGGCGGCUACAACGGAACCGAAUCUUUUUCUUGCUUGCCAUAGUGUUGGUCCUCUCUCUCUAUCAGCUCCAGUUCAGCCCCUCUGCCCUUCCAGCACCACACACAGCACCCCGACCCGCAGACCUUGUGAAAGUGACCUCCAGGGACCUCUCCAGCAACAAAACUGCUGUGACAGGCAACAUCACAGCAGCGCCCAAAAUAAGGCACUGUGUGUACGUGGAUCCUGAGCCAACUGUGCCCAUCACCGGAUCGGUGGAUACGACACCACAGCGAGAAAAUGUCACUGAAAGCUACCCAGAUGAAAAGCUGCCACAUGAGUCCAAAGGAGAAUAUCCCCAGGACCUAUUCAGUGUGGAAGAACGCAGGCAAGGGUGGGUUGUACUUCACAUCUUUGGCAUGAUAUAUGUAUUUGUGGCCUUGGCCAUAGUGUGUGAUGAGUAUUUUGUCCCAGCUUUGGGAGUGAUCACAGAGAAGUUGCAGAUCUCUGAAGAUGUGGCUGGAGCCACCUUCAUGGCAGCAGGUGGAUCAGCACCAGAACUCUUCACCUCCCUCAUAGGUGUCUUCAUCUCACACAGCAAUGUGGGCAUCGGUACCAUUGUGGGCUCAGCAGUGUUUAAUAUCCUCUUUGUCAUUGGCACCUGUGCCCUCUUCUCAAGGGAGAUACUCCACCUGACGUGGUGGCCCUUAUUUAGAGACAUCUCAUUCUACAUUGUAGACUUACUGAUGCUCAUCCUGUUUUUCCUAGACAGUGUCAUUGAUUGGUGGGAAAGUCUCCUUUUACUGACUGCUUAUGCCACAUACGUAUUCACUAUGAAACACAACGUGUACCUAGAACAAUGGGUGAAGCAGGAGCUGAACAAGAAGCUAAAUGCUGUGCAGGCAGCAUCAGCAGAGCAUAUACGGAAGAAAAGCAGUGGGGCAGUUGCAGAUGAAGGAACAAAGAAGCCAGCAGAUGGGAGGAAGCUGCAGCCUGUGUCAGCAUUACAGCGAGGCAGCAGCUCGGCCUCCCUACACAACUCUCAAAUGCGCAGCACCAUCUUCCAACUCAUGAUCCACACUCUGGACCCUCUGGCAGAAGCAAAAUUUAAAGACAGGGUUGACAUCCUGAGCAACAUAGCCAAGGCCAAAGAAGAGACUCUGGCUGGACAAGGAUCAAAAGCAGAAGCAGAAGAGGAAAAGAAGGCACCGAGCACCGUCCAGGUAACUCCUGCCAGUGACUCCGAACCCAGCAAAGACAAACAGAAGGCAGACGCACCACAAGAUGGACAGCCCUCUUCAGACAGCAGUACCUCAGAAGACAGCAGCUCUGAGAGUGAGGAAGACAGCGAUGAUGACAGCACAGAUGAUGAUGAUGAAAACGACGAGCCAUUAUCUCUUGAAUGGCCAGAAACUAGGAAAAAACAAGCAAUUUACCUUUUCCUCUUUCCCAUUGUCUUCCCUCUCUGGAGCACUCUGCCUGACGUUAGGAACCCGGACUCCAAGAAAUUCUUUGUCAUCACGUUUUUUGGAUCCAUCAUCUGGAUUGCUGCAUUCUCUUACCUCAUGGUGUGGUGGGCUCACCAGGUUGGUGAAACAAUUGGGAUAUCAGAGGAAAUUAUGGGAUUAACCAUCCUGGCAGCAGGAACCUCAAUCCCUGACCUUAUCACCAGCGUCAUCGUUGCACGGAAAGGCUUAGGUGACAUGGCUGUCUCCAGUUCCGUAGGCAGCAAUAUCUUCGAUAUCACUGUGGGUUUGCCUGUUCCUUGGUUCCUUUAUUCCGUCUUCAAUGGGCUCAGUCCAGUUGCCGUCAGUAGCAAUGGUUUGUUUUGUGCAAUCGUUCUCCUUUUUCUCAUGCUCCUAUUUGUGAUUAUCUCAAUUGCUGUAUGUAAAUGGAAAAUGAACAAACUACUGGGGCUCACUAUGUUUGCUCUUUACUUUGUGUUUUUGAUCAUCAGUGUGAUGUUAGAAGACAAGAUCAUAUCCUGCCCUGUAUCUGUAUGA